ACUGAGGUUACGGAUGCUUCCGCCUCUCAGGCAGACAGAACACGCCUGCAUAGUGAUCUCCAGCAGCACCGACACUCUACAGCUGAGCUCUGCUGCAUCUACCACACCCGAUCAUCGCUCCUUCUCACUUUUUACCAUGCACAUCAGCAUCCCUGUCACUGAAGACCUUGUGGACACCCUGGGUGGACGUUAUGUGCUUUAUUCUGUGUACCUGGAUGGCUUCAUUCUUUUCAAAGUGCGAUACAAAGAUCUCCAUUUCUGGGAUGAACAGAUGCAGAAUAUAUUGGGAAGCAGGCGAUUAACAUUUCCACCAAAAUAUUAUCUGGUCAUGACUAAAUCUAUGGCAGAAGACAGGAGAAUAUUGUUGGAGCAGUAUUUGCAAAAAGUUGUUUCAGAUCCUGUUAUUUCCAGCAGUGAAAUUUUCAUCACAUAUCUUAAGAAAUUACAGCUGGAAACAUUUAACAUGCCCUCCGUAAAUGUGAUCCUCAAAAUUUUCUUGCCUGAUGGUCGACAGGUUAACAUAGACUGCAAGACGUCCGACUCCGCAGAAAGAGUUCUAGAGGCUGCGUUGUAUAAACUAAAUUUAUCAAGAGAACUUGUGGAAUAUUUCAGCUUGUUUAUUACACAUAAAGACACUAAAGGCAUUUACUCAGUGGUGAAGCGGGUUGCACCUUUUGAAAUUCCAUUUAUAACCAUUUGGAACAUAAAUAAUGAUUUGUUUCAAAUCGACAUCAGGAAGUGGUAUAUGACUCCCUCUACUGAUGCUAUGCUAAUGGGCUGCACAUCCGCUAUUGAUUUACUAUAUGUCCAGGCUGUACAAGAAUUCGAGAUGAACUGGUCCAGACCGACAGAACAACAGAGAAUCACACUUAAAGAGUUAAUAACAACUGAUAAUAAAGUGAAGUUCUUGGAGUUGAUGCAACAAGUGGAGCACUACAGUUACCAAAAGUUGGACCCUGGUCUCACAGAUCAUUUAGGUGCCAACACCGUGGUCACCGUGUCUGUUGGAAAAAGUGAACUAUAUUGCCUUUUUCAGACCACCGACAAGAAGACUGAAAAUCUUAGGCUCCAUAUCAGUAAAGUUAUUUGCUGGAAUGUCAGGUUCCAGGAACAAGAAAAAGACCUUGACCAACAGGAGUUCAGAUUUGAGUACACUGAUGGAGAUGUCCUGAAAUGGAUUACAAUAAAGACAAACCAGGCAUUCCUACUAAGUACCUGGUUAAAAAAGAUGCUGAGUGAACAACCGGUGACUUGCACUAAGGGGAACCUAGAGAUUCAGGAUAACAGAACUUCAGCAAGUAUGUUCACCAGAAAGCAGAAAAAGGUAGAUGUCCCUGAGAAGAAAGAUUUUUCCUUUUCUCACAUUAGAAACAGUGAUUCACUGGAAAUGUCUGACUGCGAUCUGUAGUUUUCCUACAGUAUUAUACAGACCAAGUAUCGUAUUAAAGGGUUCCUCUCAUCAAAUAAACUUCUGAUAUAUUUUAGAUUA